CUCUCUCUCUCUCUGUGUCUCUCCCCCUUCCUCUUUCUCUCACUUCCCCCCAAUCAAAUCCGCAGUUCUUCCAUUGCCUCGAACGAACCUUUCAGUUCCAUCCUAAACUUCGCAGUUCCCAGCAAGCAAACACCUCCAAAGCCAGUCUGGGAGGCUCGACUCUAAUCAUCAUUAUCGAACAAGCAGAAGAAGAAGAAGAUGGAGACUUGUGCAGCUUAUCACACAAGGCUUCAGCGUCCACUCCCGAGAUUCACCACCAAUGCCGCUGGUGUGCGUCUCUGUGGAGCACAAAGGGGAAAAAGAGCAAGAAAACAUGUUGUGGUCAUAGCCUCGAGUAGCAGCAGCUCUCUGUCUGGCGCUGUGGCUGCUACCACGAGAAGAACACUAGCGAGCGAUUGGGAUGUUUUUGCAGGUAACAGCGUAUCUUCAGUGACCCCUUCUGUUUCGUGGUUACCCCGAUUCGAAGAGCUCGAUACCACCAACAUGCUUCUCCGCCAGAGAAUCAUCUUUCUGGGCUCUCAGGUGGACGAUGUAACUGCUGAUUUUAUAAUCAGUCAGCUCUUAUUUCUAGACGCGGAGGAUCCAAAGAAGGAUAUCAGGCUCUUCAUCAAUUCACCCGGUGGCUCCGUUACUGCUGGAAUGGGAAUCUAUGAUGCAAUGAAGAUGUGCAAAGCUGAUGUUUCAACUGUUUGCUUGGGCCUUGCUGCAUCAAUGGGCGCAUUUCUUCUUGCUUCAGGCACGAAAGGCAAAAGGUUUUGCAUGCCUAAUGCUAGAGUGAUGAUCCAUCAACCUCUUGGAACUGCCGGAGGAAAAGCAACAGAUAUGAGUAUUCGGAUACGAGAAAUGGUUUACCACAAAAUUAAGCUGAACAAGAUUCUGUCAAGAAUCACAGGGAAGCCAGAAGAGCAGGUCGAGAUUGAUACUGACCGUGACAAUUUUUUGAAUCCUUGGGAAGCUAAGGAAUACGGGUUAAUUGACGAAGUGAUCGAUGAUGGGAAGCCUGGACUGGUGGCUCCAAUUGCUGAUGCCACCCCUCCCCCGAAAACUCGGGUUUGGGAUCUCUGGAAAGUUGAAGGGAGUAGGAAAGCCAAGAAAAAUUUGCCCUCGGAGCACCGGAUGUUGCGGAAUGAUGGGGAAACCGGCGGAGGCCAGGAGAAGGAAGCACCUAGUACCGUCUGACACAAACUUAUUUUGCCGUUUCACAGUAUGAAAAUAUGCUUGUUCUAUUCAUUACCAGAUUAUAAUUAAGAUGGAUUUGACAUUGAUGGACAAGGGAGGUAGAAUAAUAGAUGAUAUGUUGUACUAUGUUACUUGUCGUUGUUAAGUGUAUCAUUUUGUUGUUUCCA